AUGGAGGACUCUCUGGCGAUGCUCAAGGCGGACAUUUUGUUUUUCCUUUCGCGGCUGCAGCAUGGCUCCGUGGAGAUGUCUCUGAAGGCGCAGGACCCUGUGUUUGAGGGCAUGGUGCGCGACUUUUAUCGCUUCGACGAGAGUCUGGAGGCGCUGCAGGCGGGCGUCUCGCGCUUCCUCGAAGGCAUCGAGAGUCUCUGCGGCGGUCUCUCGGGGCUCUCGGAGGCCGCGGUGCUGCACCUCACGAAGAAGAGCGACGCAUGCAUCGCGCGCGAUGCCUGUCUGUAUCGCGAGGCUGUGCACCGCAUCACGCGCGCGGACGCGCCACACGCCGCGUACGCCAAGCUCAAGCGCGACUUGCAGUUCAACGUCACCGAGCCACUGCGGAAGCACCGCGAGCACAACGCGAAGCUCAAACAGGACAUCCAGACUCGCAACCGCCGCCUCGCCGAGUGGCUGCUGGCGAAGCGGAAAGUAGAGCUGCUCCGCGACAAACACGCGGCGGCGACUGCCGGCGGGCGCGGCGCCGCGGAGACUCCCGAGGACGCCGCGCGCGACCGCGCCGAGGCGGGCAGUGGCGCCGAAGAGGAAGACGCCGAAGGCAGCCCGCGGAGUGCGGCGGGGAGCUUCGCGUCUUCUUCCUCGCGGCUGUUGAGCAGUGGCGCGGUGGGCGGGAAGCGCGCAGGCGCGCGCAAGUGGACGGCGACGAUAGAGAAGGACUUGCUCUUCGCCGAGGCCGCGGUUGAGACGGCGCGCCUCCGGUUCAAGGAAGUCGACGACGUCCUAUUUGAGUGGCUGCAGAUGCUGGAGGCCUAUAAGUGCGACAUCUUUGACAGCGCGCUGCAGACGCUCAAGUAUCUGCAGUACGAAUUCUGCGCCAGCAGCGCGCACGCCGUCGCCAGAGUCCUCCCGAGCCGCAUGGAGUUCCGCCCCAUGGUGGAAAUGACGCCGCAGCUCCUUCUUCCCCAGGUCGAGCUGGAGCUCGCAGAACGGACGGCGGCGGAGGCCGAGGCCGAGGCGCAGCGCCGGCGCGAGGGCGCGGAGGACUCGCGGUCUUCGCCGGUUCACGGCGGAGUCACGGGCUCGGGUUUGAGUGCGACUGAGCGCCUCGUGGAGAAGUGGGAACGCGAGGCGACCUCUUGCACGUGGGUCGCGGACGCCUCCGCGGCAGGCGCGCCGCCGGUGCUGAUGCUAGCGUCGCAGCUGGACGGAGCCGAUGCGCCGGAGGGCGGCGGCGCGGAGGCGGCGGGCAGCGAGGUGACUGUGGACAUUCUCUCGCUUGCUGUGCUCACCGCGCAGGGCUUCGAGGAGGUGUUCGCGAAGAAGGCGCUGCAGCGCCACGAGAACGACACGCAGGCCGCCAUGGACUGGCUGCUCAGCGGCGGCGUCGAGGAGCUGCAGCGCGAGCGCGGGGAGGAGAAGCGCCGCGCAGCCGAAGAGGAGGAAAGGCGAAGAAACGCUGCGCAACCCGCGAGCGCCACCGCCGCCGGGGCGGGGGCGGGGGCCGCCGCAGCAGGCCUCGAGGAAGUUCGCCUCCCGACGACGCUCAAGUGGGUGCAGAAGCUCAAGGCGGCGAAGAAGAAGGAGAGGCAGACGUGGCAGCAGAAGCGCCGCGCGCAGCGCGAAGUCGCCGCGCUCGCCGCGGAGAAAGCUGAGGGCGAGCGGAAGGAGACCGACGCAGCCGAAGCAGCGCAGGCAGUCGAUUCGAUAGACGCGCGCGGAGGAGACGAGCGGACGCGGAGGCGGCGCCGGCCUGCGGGGGGGAGAGACAGGGCCGAAAGCAGCGCCUCCGAGAAGACGAGUCGCAGCAGCAGCAGCUCCAGCAGGUCAAGAAGCGACGAUGACGACGCCGUCCGGAAGCCGCGGCGAGGUGCUGCGAGGCGCGAGGGCGAGGAGGGCGACGAGGCGCAGCGGGGUCCGGAGCGGGGUGAGGCAGCAGAAGCGCCCUCGCCGCGGAGCCGCGCGUCUCACAGGCGAGACGAACCUAGUGCGGAUGCACUUCUUCUCGAGGGGCUGUCUGAGGGCGCCGAAGCGCGCCUCUUGGCCGCAGAAGGCCGAGUCGCCUCCUCGGCGUCCGCGGAGGCCUCACAGAGCGCGGCGCGCGCGGCCUCACCCGACAGGGAGGAGUCGAGCGGGCGCGGGGGGAGAGCCGAGGAGACGAGAGCCGAGCGAGCGGCCUCGCGUCAUCGGGGGUCGCGGCACCGUCACCGCAGAGGGGGGGAGCAUAAGGGCCGCUGGCAAGGGCAUUCCGCGAGCUCGCUGAGCUCGCGCUCGUCGAGCCUCUCCUCGUGCUCAGAGGUGGAGUCUCCAGAGAGGAGACACCGCCGCAGCAAACGCGCCGAGAGAGCCCGCAACGGCGGGAGGGCGAGACGGGCGCGCGAGGACGGAGAGCGAGGCGGCAGCGACGACUGGGACUCGAGGAGGCGGCGCGACAACGCGCGGAGCUUGUCGCGCUCGAGUCGCAGCGUCUCCUCCGGCAGCGCGGAGGACGACUGGGACUUGAGUCGGUCGCGUCGCGCGCGCGGAGAGAGGCGGAGGCGGCGGGCUGAGGGCGACGACCGCAGGAACGGCGGCGUGGCGUGCGACCGCCAACGCCUGGAUUGCGACGCGCGCUUGACCUCGACGGCGUCGUGCCCGCUCGACGACCUCGAGGAGGCCUUUUCGGGCUCGCGCGGUGUUUCCUCGCCGCAGGUCGAGCGCAGGCGCCACUCGCGCGACGCCAGCGGCUCGACGCCUCCCCUGCCCGACUUGCUGGGCGGCUUUGACACUGAGACACCAGGCUGCGACUGGGGCCUGCGGAAACCGAGUUUCGCGAUGCCUGCGGAGGACUUCCGCGCGCAGAGAGACGCGAGCGAGGCCGAAGAACGCGAAGAGGAGAAGGAGGACGCAGCGGCGCGGAGCCGACGCGCGAGGCGCCGCUGGAAGGCGACGCGGAGGUGGGAGGACGAAGGGAGAGAGCGAGAGCGAGGCAAAACCCGCGAGAGGGCGGGCGGCGCAGAGCGCGCAGAGGCGCGACGCGCGCGCCGAGACGCGAGUUCCUCGUCGCCCUCUUCCAGCGCUUCAGAGAGCCGCGGACGCGACGCAGAGUGCGAGGAGACGCGCAGGCCGCGCACACACAAACGCCGAGAGGAUCCGCGGGAGAGCGCCAGCGACUCAGGAAACGAAGCAGACGCACGCCCCGCCCAGCAGAACGGGAGCGCGGGCUGGACUGCCGCGACUUCCUCCGUGGCCGACAGAAUGAGUGCCUUCAACGACCUCUUGUAG